AGGCACGAACGAGAUAAGAAUCCCGCAGACGGGACAGAACCGUUUAUCAAACAUGCGGUCGAUUGUUCUCAAAACAAGCGAUUGUUUUUCCCAAACAAAGAACUCCCAUUUCCGAAUCUCUGAGCCAGCACGGCGCUUUCCGGCCGUCAGCCGAACCGAUUACCUGCAGAAAUACCUGCUAACGAGGGCAGCGCAGCCCCAACCGACGGCGGUGCCAUUUCCUGCGGGGCAGCGCCGCGAUUUUUACACGCGCUCAGCUUAUUGAGUCCCGGUUGGGAGGCACCCAGACAUGCCCAUUGCGGGGAAGGUCCCGAUACAAAAUGUCCGCGGAGGCGCCGAUCGGACGGCAGCGUCCCGCAUCCCGGAUGCGGGACGGAACGGAACGCACGUGUCGGACCGCGCCGGGCAGGUAAUGGCGGCCGGGCGGGGCGGACGGACGGGCGGACGGCCCCAGCGCGGCGGCUGUGCGGGGAGGCGGGGCGAGGGCAGCGCGCAUGCGUGCGGGCCUCGCCCCUUUCGUUCCCUCCCCCGCCUCCUCCUCUGCGCAGGCGCAGUGCGGCGGCGGCUCGGCGAGGGAAGGGCGAGCCGCGCUCUGGAGCGGGGGGGACCGGCGCGGCUCCUCCGCUCCGUCGCCGCCAUGGCGGGCGCGGCGCCCGGCCCGGAUGAAGUCGCGGCGGCUUGCGCGGAGAUCGAACGACCGUCUAUCUCGACGGCGGCGCUGGCGCGGAUGGAGCGGAACCGGCGGCGGGCGCUGGCGCUGCGGCAGCUUCCCGGGUUUUUUAGUCCCCUCCCUACUCUCACUCCCCCCCAUUCUUCCCGGCGCGCCGCGCCGUGCACACCGCUGCGCUGCGCCGCGCCCGCCGGCACUGCGGAACGGGAAAGUGGGGCACGGCGAUGCCCUGCCGCGCCCGUGCUUGAAUUUGACUAUCUCGUCUGUGGAGACUGUGGCAAAGAAUUCAUGGACUCGUACCUAAUGCAGCACUUUGAUUGGCCCACGUGCGAUAAUUGCAGAGACGCUGAAGAUAAACAUAAGCUCAUCACAAGGACAGAAGCAAAAGAAGAGUAUCUCCUGAAGGACUGUGAUUUAGAUAAGAGGGAGCCGGUGCUUAGAUUCAUUGUGAAGAAAAAUCCUCAUAAUCCUCGCUGGGGCGACAUGAAGCUUUACUUAAGACUGCAGGUAAUCAAACGUGCUCUGGAAGUGUGGGGCAAUGAGGAAUCCUUGCAAGAAGCAAAGGAACAGCGCCGUGACAGCAGAGAGAAGAUGAAACAGAAGAAGUUUGAUAAGAAAGUGAAAGAGCUUCGCCGUGCAGUGAGGAGUAGUUUGUGGAAGAAGACAGCUAAUAUCCAUGAACAUGAAUACGGACCAGAAGAAAACGUUGAUGAAGAGACAUACAAGAAGACGUGUACUAUAUGUGGCCAUGAAUUAACUUAUGAAAAGAUGUAAAACGUUAACCUGUUUGUUGAAGUUCAUUAUCAUCAUUCUUAAUCCUAUUCUUUAUUAAAGAAAUGGCACUUGGGAACAAGCUGUUACCAAGCUCCAUGAAUAAUACAGGCAGUUCUGUGCAGAAGAAGGUAAGACUUCUCAGCUAGAUCUUGGGGUAGAGCGUGCACAUUUUUAACAGGCUGGAAAUGGCCGCCUUGUGGGAUGAGAAGUUGGCAUUUUACACUCAUUUUACAUGCUGGGGAAAUUUAAACAAGGUAAAUUUCCCUCUACGCUUGCUUCAGCCAGAGCUGAAGGAAGUCUCUGUAUUUGCUCCAGCUGUUAGCUGAUGUCAGCUCCCAUAUGUCUCAGGCAGCCAGUUCCUAAGCACUGCCCAAGUGGUCAGAGUGUGCCACAAGGCUGCUUCUACCUGCAGGUGAAAAUGGAGAUCUCCAACUUGAUGGAGGGAGGUUUCCUGUUUCAGGAGGGUUGUCAAAGGAAAGCACUGUGCUGUAACAUUCAGUCAGGUUGCUGCCGUGUUCUAUACUGUGAAGGUUUAAGUAUCCUUUACUGAUUUCUUUUCAACUUUUGGACCAAAAAGAUGACUCUUCAAGUAAAAGCGUAUCUUCAUUUACCA